AUGCAUAAUCUGACUACACGUGGAAAUGAGUUUACCUUUAGCGAUGGGAAUAAUGAAAUUAUUGUUGUUAAAUCUGCUUUAUGUUGUCAACCACCAUAUAAACGGCAAUGUCUUUUAUAUGAAUUUCAACCAAAAUCUACUUGCAAAAAUAAUAAUUUAGACCGGUCGGAUUCCAAAUAUUUUCGUUGGACAACAGUUCCUCUGCCAAUAUCCAAUUAUAAUUUAAACAAAAACAAAGUUGAAAUAAAUUUUCUACAAGGCAAUAAAUAUUAUAAAAUAAUUACACCAAAUCAAAAUAUUAUUAAAUUUUAUCUUUCUGGAGGUUUAGAAAUAUGUUGGAGAAAUAGGGAUGAGACUGUGAUUAAACCUGAUGGGGAAAGGACAGAAUUUUUUGACCAAAAAAAGAUAGAAAUUUACCUUCCAAGUGGGAUAGCAUAUCGCAAAUGUGAUGCAAAUGAAUGGAAUAAAGAAGAAUUCCUUCCAAAUAAGGCAAAAAUGUCCGUUAGAGGAGAUGGGUCUUAUUCCACUUUAUACAAUCAGAUACAACAAGUGCAGAGGGGAAAUACCUCAAAGUAUUAUGACUAUUUACAAAUAACUGCUCCAGAUUUUAAAGUUUUUAUUAAGUACUUUUCAUUAAAAUAUUUUUUAAAGCUUCAUCGGUUUAAUACAACAAAAGUAGUUAACUUAAUAAUUCCAGUCGAAUCCGUUCCUAGUUCUAAUUUGCAGAUUUUUCUUUGUUGUGAUAAUGUAAUUAUUGUCAAACAUGUUCUUAGUAAGGAUGGAAUUUAUGGACAAAAGAAGCUCGAUGAUUGUUUAUGCUUUUCUUUCGGAAUGUGUGAACAUACUAUUAAUUGUAAUGUCUUCAAUGAAUUAAUUUGA